AUGUGUUUUGGAUCAGGAGACGUAGAUGCUCAACCAUCACGAGCACAGCGUCAGCGGAGAGAGAACAACAGGCGACAGAAUAUUCCUAUGCAAAACAUGUCCAUCAGUGGACCUGUGACGCCGCCUGGUCAGGUUCCCGCUCUGGAGCGAGACAAUAAUGGUCUCUGGGUCCAGUACGAGCAGACCAAGCUUAACCGACAAAAUAUCCUAGCUGCACUUGGCUACGUCGGACAAUACCUUCAUCGCCGCGGAGAGAACGUGACCUUGGUUGCAGUUGGUGGAGCAGUAAACACCGUGGUAUUACAAUCUCGGGCGACUACCCAUGACGUGGACUUCUUCUCCCAUAUCUUUGCUCAGCCUCACCUCGACAUUCUUCGCGAAGCAGGGCUGUACGCCAUUGAACGUAGCUCUGCCGCACUGAGCAGAGACUGGCUCAAUAACGCAACAGCUAGAAUGCCAGGAGUAGUGGAGAAUAUUGACCACCUUAUUCAAACUGCCGUCGCCCAGAACGUCGUUCUCAUGCGAGCACCUGGACUUACGGUAGUGGCCGCACCCUGGGAUUACUCCUUCAUCAAGAAAGUAAGCCGCAUCACGCAGGGGACAGGCCGUCCGUACGAUGGCGCGGAUGCUGUCGCAUAUCUACACCAAUACAUCAUCCGCACAAAUGGAAAUCGACCUAUUACAGUGGCCCAGGUUGAGGGCUGGGGAAAACGUCCUGCUCGACCUAGCCGUACUGGACCAAGCCGAGGGGGACCCGGCCGUCGACGGUAG